AUGAUGCCCGCGGCGCACGUCUACGGACACCAUCAGUUCCCUCAGGGCGGCGACUCGGCUUGGAUGCACCAGCAGCAAGGCGCGCAUCAUGCCCAUUCCCAGCAACAGCAACAGCAGGUCGCCGCCGCCGCUGCUGCCGCAGUUCAACAGCAACAACAGCAGCAGCAGCAGCAGCACUUCAACCGCCUUGCUGGCGCAGGCCAGAUGCCUGGUCACGGUCAGGAUGCCGAUCACAACAACGUCUCGGAGGAUAACCGACGUACUAUGGCAUUUAUAGCCGAUCUUCUCAAUGAGAACACUCGCGAGGCAGCUUUGUUAGAGCUCAGUAAGAAGCGCGAGCAAGUCCCUGAGCUGGCCUUGAUCCUGUGGCACUCAUUUGGUGUCAUGACCUCUCUCCUCCAGGAAAUCAUUUCAGUCUACACUCUUCUCAACCCAUCUCAGCUUACUGCAGCUGCCUCGAAUCGUGUUUGCAAUGCUCUUGCCCUUCUUCAGUGUGUUGCAUCACACAACGACACGAGGACUCUUUUCCUUAAUGCGCACAUCCCUCUGUUUCUUUAUCCCUUUCUUAACACAACCUCUAAAUCUCGCCCCUUCGAAUACCUCCGCCUGACCAGUCUCGGUGUAAUCGGUGCGCUUGUCAAGAACGACUCUUCCGAGGUCAUUAACUUUCUCUUGACAACAGAGAUCAUUCCUCUCUGCUUGCGCAUUAUGGAGACAGGUUCGGAGCUUAGCAAGACCGUGGCUAUCUUCAUCGUUCAGAAGAUUCUUCUAGACGACAAUGGCCUGAACUAUAUCUGCGCCACAUACGAACGUUUCUACGCUGUUGGUACCGUCUUAAGUAAUAUGGUUGCACAACUUGUCGAGUCCCAAACGGCUCGCCUUCUCAAGCAUGUGGUUAGAUGCUUCCUCCGACUUAGUGAUAACGCUCGUGCUCGUGAAGCUCUUCGACAAUGCCUUCCCGAACCACUCCGUGAUGCUACCUUCUCGUCGGUACUUCGCGAUGACGCAGCAACCAAGAGAUGCCUUGCCCAACUACUCAUCAACCUAUCAGACAACGUCGUGGACCCCAACUCGGCUGGUGUGUCCAACAUGUAA